GAAGCUGCGUUUCGUGCAUUUGGAAUAAACAAUCAGAUGUAACUAAAUAUGGCAGAGGAAUCUGACAUCCUUCGAAAAUAAGUAUAACAUCUCCGUUUCGGAAACAACAGUGAGAGGUGUUGUAACACAGGGGAGACCAGUGCACUCCGGUAACUGGGAGAAGGACGUGCGGAACUCGGUAGCGCAUCAGCCGGACUGAAGUAGCUGCGCUCGGGCAAAUAAUGUUGCGCAGACAUUUCAAAUCAUCACCAGGAUCAAACACUCGGCAGAAUGUCGCUUUUUUGACUGUCUGGACUGAAGGACCAUCGGGCUGACCCUCCACAGUUGGAGGGUAGACAGUUAGGGUUGUGGAAUCAUUUUGUAAUUUUUUUUUAUUUAUUUAUUUAUUUAUUUUUUUAAUUUCGAGAACUCGAGUAUUUCGAGUAGUUUUAAAUGCUGCCUGGAGGGAUGGAAGCAUCUUCUAUAAAGGUAAGUGGAUCAAAAUGCUACUUGUGAGGGAGGUUGUGCCUUUCAGAGAUCGUCCAGUUGCGACGAGAGAGAAGGUCAUCUCCGAUGAACCCUCCACAUUUGCUGCUUUGGCUGACACACUUUGAAAUUGCCCCUCCAUGAACUCAGAGUGACAAUGUGAUGAGCUUUGCUAUCAUUCCCAGACCGAAUAUGGAUGGAGGAAUGAGAGGGAGUAGCACGAGUUAAUGAGACUAUUGCUCUUGUGUUGGGGAGCUUAGGACAGGCAAUUACAGGAGGAUUACCCGUUGACUUCAACAUAGCAUACUCUCCACUGAGGCAAGGUUCAAGAUCCGUUAAGAACUCCAGUGUGGUGGAUUUUAUUGGAUUUUCCCCCCUUUUUAAUUACCUUGCAGUAAUUGUAUUUGCAAAGCUUUCUCUGUCUUACAAAAUGGAGGUACAAAUCCGAAUAUGGAAUAAAGACUUUCCAACUUUGAUCAGCCCAUGGAUACCGAUACUGCUUGGUCUUCACAUGCAUUUAUCACGAGCCACAACCUGUCCCGAGGAGUGUCGGUGUGACAGGACCUUUGUUUACUGUAAUGAGAGGGGUCUUACAUCUGUGCCUCUGGGGCUAGGAGAGGGUUAUAAAACCCUCUACCUCCAUAACAAUCAAAUCAACAAUGCUGGAUUUCCCCUUGAAAUGCACAAUGUUGCCUCAGUGGAGACUGUGUAUCUCUAUGGCAACCAGCUUGAUGAAUUUCCUGUCAAUCUUCCCAAAAAUGUGCGGGUGCUCCACCUGCAGGAGAAUAACAUUCAGACAGUGUCCCAGGCUGCACUCGCACAGCUGCUACGUCUGGAGGAGCUCUAUCUGGAUGACAACUCCAUUUCUACUGUGGGUGUGGAGGAGGGGGCCUUCAGGGAGGCCAUCAGUCUCAAAACCCUUUUCCUUACCAAGAACCACCUGAGCAGUGUACCUAUAGGGCUCCCCGAGGAACUGCGAGAGCUGCGGCUGGAUGAGAACCGCAUAGCACUUAUAGCCGAGGAUGCGUUUGAGAAUGUUACAGGGCUAGAACGCCUCCUUCUGGAUGGGAACCUUCUCACAGAUGAGGGAAUCACCCCAGGGGCGUUCCAGACUUUGGCUAACCUUAAAAUCUUGUCGAUUGCUCGCAACUCCCUCACAGUUCCUCCUCCCAAUCUACCGACUGAGUUUUUGGUAAAGCUUAACUUGCAGGAUAAUCAGAUGAAUGAGAUUCCUUUGACAGCCUUUCAGGGGCUCCAUCACUUGGAGAGACUGGAUAUUUCCAACAACCAGCUGCAGUCUCUCACACAGGGGGUCUUUGACAGCCUCCACAGCCUGAGACAGCUCACUGUUCGAAACAACCUUUGGCUCUGUGACUGCAACAUUAAAUGGGUCAUACUGUGGUUAAAGUCCCUGCCAGCUACCCUCAAUGUCCGUGGAUUCAUGUGCCAGAAACCAGAGAGGGUACGUGGCAUGGUAAUCAGAGAACUAACCCUGGAGCUCAUCCAGUGUCCUAACAGCACAGCCACAGUCCCACAAUUCACACAGCAUCCCACACUGCUCUCUUCCUCCACCACUGAGUCAGUCACUCAAAUGGCCUUCACACCCCCACGCUCCUUGCCUACACCCACCCCUCCACCUUGUGCACUUCCCCUACCAACUGCAGGCCUAGACAAUGAACAGAGGACAAAUUCCCCAGACAGUCCUAGACAGGAAUCCUUACGUGUUUCCUUUGUCGUGCUGAACAGUUCAUGUAUUCAGGUAAGCUGGGUAUCGACAUUCACUGUUACAGCCUAUAAGGUGACAUGGGUCAAGCUGGGUCACAGUUUGCUUACUGGCCCAAUGCUGGAGACAAUGGUAGAGGGAGUGCAUCUGGGAAUCACGCUGUCAAACCUGGAGCCCAAAUCCACCUAUCGUAUUUGUGUGGAUCCGCUAGAUGCUUUCAAUAAUUACCUCCAAGGAGAUAGUACAAUUUGCUCAGAGGUGACGAUGAAGUCUGCUUCCUUUCAAUCCAAUGACAAUGCCACUGGGCCUGAGCAGGCUACCCAGCAGGACCCCAGCUCACCUCUCCUAUUGGCUGGCCUGAUUGGUGGGGUGGUGCUAGUGGUCCUGGUGUUACUCUUGAGCAUAUUUUGCUGGCACAUGCACAAGAAAGGAAGGUCAGACUCAUCCAAAUGGAAAUACAGCCGAGGCAGAAGAAAAGAUGACUACUGCGAAGCGGGGACAAAAAAGGAUAACUCCAUUCUGGAGAUGACUGAGACAAGCUUUCAGAUAGUUUCUUUGAAUAACGAACAACUCCUCAAAGGGGAAUUCUGUAUUCAACCAAUUUACACCCCUAAUGGGGGUGUUGGAUUCAGUGACUCACAAAGGAGAAACAAUAGCACAACAUACUGUAAGAGCAGUGUUCCAGAGUCCAGUCCAUGCCAUAAAUAAUGAUUUUAAACAGAUUGCAUCCUUACAGACGUAAACACACUGUAUUGGAUAUAUAUUUCAAAAAGACUGUACAAUCUGUAAUUUAUAAUCUGAACAAUUAUAUCGCCUCCCUUUUAUAUCCCUUAGUAAAAGACAAAUUGAUUUAUGAAUUGCUACUUUGUCAUGUUGUGUUACUAAAGGAAAAGCAACCUUUUACUCUCUAUGCUCAUGAAGCCACAUGGAUAUUGUUAGUGAAUCUGAAAUGGUUUACAAUGUUAAAGGGAUAGUUCACCCAAAAAUUUGAAUUUUGUCAUCAUUUACUCAACCUCAUGUGCUUCCAAAUCUGUAUGACUUUCUUCUGUCGAACAUACACGCACGCACGCACACACACACACACACACACACAUUUUAAUAUGGUAGCCUCAGACACCAUUCACUUUCAUUGUAUGGAAAAAUAUGUAAUGAAUGUGAAUGAUGGCUAAGAUUAACAAGCUGCCUAACAUCUGUUUUUGUGUCCCAUCGAAGAAAGAAAGUAAUACAGAUUAUGUUGAGUAAAUGAAAACAGAAUUUUCCUUUUUGGAUGAAUUAUCCCUUUUAAACACAAAUCAACAUGAAGUGCCCUGUGUUUUGUAAUAUUUUCUCAUUAUAUUUUAGUGGCGAGGAAAGGCAGAACAGGUUGAAUUUAAGCAUAAAGACAAGUAAGCAGUGUGCUGUGUUCUUUUAUAUUCGCCCAUAUCCUCUCAACAUCACCACAAGAUGGCAUCUGUUCUCAUCCCCAGUAUUUCAUUUCAUGAAACAGUUCACCAUUUUCUUAAAACUCUAAAACACAAUUUCAAUACUACACACCAAUACAGGUAUGUAUACAAUUGCACAUAAAAAUACAAUAUUUUACUCAAAAACAUAUUAUCUUCUGUUAAAAUAAAUGUUUAUUACAAAUAACACAAUAAAUAUUGCACUUUUCAUAACACAUGAGUGGGAUCAUUUCAAAACACUGCUACAAAAACCUAUAUAAACCAGGGAUAAUUUUUCAGGUCAAUCACUAUAUUAACUCAGUAUGUGCAGUUAUAGCACAUACUACAAUACUAAAUAAAAUGUGGAAGUUUUCAAAAAGUUUAUUUGAGAACAAGCCUACAUUACAGUACUAUAAAAUGAUUCGGGGUGAAAAUCACUUCAGUGACUCUAAAUGUCUGUAACAUUUUUUGUUUUUAAAAAUACAGAGAAGUUAGCAUAAAUGAAGGAAUAUAAUGUACUGUAAAACUGUAAGUAAGAGAUGGUACAAAACAUCGUACUACUUUGCA